AUGGAACGAUUCAGGAAUCUGCUUGGCAGUGGCAUGGCUGGCCUCGGAGGAGCCGCCCACGGAACGGACAACACGAACCUCAUUGACAACUCCGAGACGGUCUACAUCUCAUCACUAGCGCUGUUGAAGAUGCUGCGACACGGCCGCGCCGGUGUUCCCAUGGAGGUGAUGGGUCUUAUGCUGGGGGAGUUCGUGGACGACUUCACGGUCAAGGUCAUGGAUGUUUUUGCCAUGCCUCAGAGCGGUACGGGCGUCAGUGUCGAAGCCGUCGACCCCGUCUUCCAGACCAAGAUGAUGGACAUGCUGAGGCAAACAGGAAGACCCGAAUCCGUCGUCGGCUGGUACCAUUCACACCCCGGCUUUGGCUGCUGGCUGUCGUCAGUUGACAUCAACACUCAGCAGUCCUUUGAGCAACUGAACCCGCGGGCGGUCGCCGUCGUCGUCGACCCCAUCCAGUCGGUCAAGGGCAAGGUUGUCAUCGACGCAUUCCGCCUGAUCAACCCGCAGCUUCUGAUGAUGGGUCAGGAGCCCCGCCAAAGCACAAGCAACCUGGGCCACCUGAACAAGCCGUCGAUCCAGGCCCUGAUCCACGGUCUCAACCGCCACUACUACUCGAUCGGCAUCAACUACCGGAAGACGGCCCUGGAGGAGAACAUGCUCAUGAACCUCCACAAACAGGUGUGGACGGAGGCGCUGGAGAUGAAGGACUUCCGCUCAGAGGGCGACAGGAACAAGGAGCGACUGCAGCGCCUGGUCAGCCUGGCCGACGGCUACGAGAAGAGGGUCAAGGAGGAGACGGAGCUGACCAAGGAGCAGCUCAAGACGCGCUACGUCGGCAAACUGGACCCCAAGAAGCACCUGGAAGAUGUCGGCCAGGAGUUGAUCGAGGACAAUAUCGUCGCCGUCUCCAGGCAGAUGAUUGACAAGGAGGCCACCAUGCCCAAGAAGGAAGGGCAGGCGGGACAGGCGGGACAGGCCAACGGAGACGGUAUGGCCAUUGAGAAGCAGUCAUAG